AUGACGAACAGAGCCUGUAAAAGUUGUAACGAACUUAUAAACAACAUCACAUUCCCCGAACUGCGAGAAGUGACCGGUUACGUCAUAUUCUGGAGAGUUCAAGGUCUCCGUUCGUUCGGAACACUUUUUCCAAAUCUUUCCGUCAUAAGAGGAAAAACGCUUUUCCACAAUUACGCUCUAGUCAUUUACGAAUCAAAGGCUUUACAGGAAAUAGGAUUGUAUUCAUUGACUCACAUACUACGUGGAAGCGUUCGAUUCGAUGAAAAUUCAAAUCUUUGCUUCGUGGAUACCAUAGAUUGGGAUUGGAUAGCACCUCAAGGUGCCAAAGAACAUUUCAUUGGGGAUAAUCGUCCAAUUGAAGAAUGUUUAAAAUGUCCAAUUUCUGUAAAUAACGAAAAGUGUCCUCUUUCGUCAUCCGGAGAACCCCUUUGCUGGAACAAGGAACACUGUCAAAAAGAUUUUCGUGAUUGCGUCAAAGAUGAAAACGGAGAAUGUUGUCACGAAUCUUGUUUGGGGGGUUGCAGUGGAAAAUUGUCAAAGGAUUGCUACGUUUGCAAAAAUGUCGUUUUCAAAAACGAUUGCACGCAAGAAUGUCCGGAAAAUAUGUACAAGUAUUUGGAUCGAAGAUGCGUCACGGAAUCGGAAUGUUUUAACAUGACGAAACCGUUGGACGUUGAAAAAAGAGACAUCGCAUCACCCUUUCCGUUCAGACCCAUUUUGGAUAUGUGCACUCUCGAAUGUCCGGCUAAUUUUUCCGAAUACGAAAAAGAAACGGAAUACGGAUUGAGAUUUCAGUGUCGACCCUGCGACGGUCCUUGUAAAAAAGAAUGUCCAGGAGGAAGCAUAAACAGCAUUUCAUCCGCUCAAAAAUUUGCGGGUUGCACACACAUAAAGGGAUCCCUGGAAAUCCACUUGAGAUUUGCCGGAAACAUAGUGACGGAACUACAGGAAUCAUUAAGAUCCGUCGAAGAAAUAUCCGGGUAUUUGAAAGUCGCGAGAUCCCUUCCCCUCCUCUCUUUGGAUUUUCUUAAAAAUUUAAAAGUUAUAAGAGGAGAAGAACUUCACAACAACAAGUCGGCUUUUGUUUUACUCGACAACGAAAGACUCGAAGAACUCUGGGAUUGGGAUGCGAGAGAAAAAGAUUUGAGAAUAUUAAACGGAAGAUUGGCCAUACAUUUCAAUCCGAAAUUAUGCUUUUACAAAAUUGAAAAAUUUGUCGAAAUUGUUAAAAUAAAAGGUUUCACGGAAGACGAAGUCCCCCGCGGAACGAACGGAGACAAAGAAGCAUGUGAGUUGUCAGUUGUCGGUUGUUGUCGGUUGUUCUCUUUUCCCAAUAAAGUCGUUAUAAGAUUUGAAAAAUUUCAACAUUACGAUCAAAGAACUCUUUUGGGUUACGUUUUAUAUUUUAAAAAAGCUCCGAACAAAAAUGUUACUUUGUACUAUGGGAGAAAUGCGUGCGGUGGAGACGGUUGGAUGGAUAAAGAUGUUCCAGCGCCCAAACAGGAUAAUCAUCAAAAUGAAAUUUCCUACGAUUUAAUCGGAUUAAAACCUUUUACUCAAUACGCUUAUUUUAUAAAAACCUAUGCGAUAAGCUCGGAAAGAAGCGGAGCGCGAAGCGGAAUUCAAUAUUUUAUUACAAAUCCUGGAACACCUACGAGUCCACGAUCCUUGUUUGCAUUUUCCAAUUCGACUUCGGAAGUCGUUAUUAGUUGGGAGCCUCCGGCGGAAAUGAACGGAAAUUUUACUCAUUAUUUCGUCGAAGCCGAAGCGAUGGAAGACCAUCCUAAAAGCAGGGAUUUUUGUUCAGAGCCUCUCGUGAUCGCGACGAAAAAAUUAGAAAUCCCGACGUCGCCACCGCCUGCCGUGAAAACUUCAUCGGAUUCUUGCGCUUGCGAAGCACCAAGAAAAGUCGAUUUGAAAGUUUCCGAAGCCGUUCGCGAUUCGGAAAUAUAUUUUGAAAACGCUUUGCAAAAUUCUUUUAUCGUUCGAAGUUGUUAUCAUCAUUAUCAUUAUUUUCUUUCUUUUUUCAGAACGGACAACAAAAGAACGAAACGUGAAAUGAAUUACGCCGAAGGAAGUCAUCCGCAAAUAUUACAAAAAAAUCAUUUUUUUAACGAAGGAGUAGGAGGGAAAUCAUUUGGAAAUACAAAAAAAGAAAAAGUCAGUUUCACGUUCGAAGUGAGAACGAACAAACUCGUCGUGAGAAAUUUAAAUUAUUUCACAAAUUAUAAGAUACAGGUACAGGCAUGCAGAGCCGUCGUGGAAGGAGAAAAUGGCGUUCACUCUCCGUGCAAAACCGCAGAUAAAAUUCCAGUCAUCACUCUCAUACCGCUAACGUCGAACGGAACCGUCGAGGAAACAAAUUUAAGAUGGGAAGAACCACCGAAUCCGAACGGUCUCAUACUUUCUUAUCAGAUCGAAUACCGUCGGGUUGAUAACGAUAAGUACAAAUCCGUCGUCGAAUGCAUAGUUCGAGAGAAAUUUCUGGAACAGAAAAAGGAAUACGUUUUGAAACAUUUGCCUCCGGGAAAUUACAGCGUGCGAGUUUUGGCAUCUUCCCUUGCGGGUGACGGACCUUAUUCGUCACCUCUGACGUUUUACAUUCGUCAACCGCCUCAUCCUAGCACGAUCGACAUAUUGGGCAUCGGUUUAGGAGCCAUAUGUGGAAUCGCUUUCAUAUUCAUUUUGUACAUGUUUUGGAAGAGGAAAACGAGCGGAGUCCCCAAACUGUUCGCGAACGUUAAUCCCGAAUACGUCAGCGCGGCGACGAUUUACGUUCCCGAUGAAUGGGAAGUACCCAGGGAAAAUAUCGAACUGAUAAGAGAAUUAGGUCAAGGAUCUUUCGGUAUGGUAUACGAAGGUAUAGCGAGAGAUAUCGUGCAGGGAGAACCGGAAGUGAGAUGCGCCGUUAAAACGGUCAACGAAGUUUCAACGGAUCGCGACAGAAUGGAAUUUUUAAAUGAAGCUUCCGUAAUGAAAGCUUUCAACACUCAUCACGUCGUGCAAUUGUUGGGAGUCGUUUCGGAAGGUCAGCCAACUUUGGUUGUCAUGGAACUCAUGGUCAACGGUGACUUGAAAACUUACCUGAGAUCGCACAGGCCGGAAUUUUGCGAAGACAAGAAAAAACAGCCUCCGACACUGAGGAGAAUCAUUCGAAUGGCAAUGGAAAUAGCAGACGGUAUGGCGUAUCUAGCAGCUAAAAAAUUUGUUCAUCGUGAUUUGGCCGCGAGGAAUUGCAUGGUCGCAGAGGAUUUGACCGUUAAAAUUGGAGAUUUCGGAAUGACGAGAGACAUUUACGAAACUGAUUAUUACAAAAAAGGUACGAAAGGUUUGCUACCCGUUCGGUGGAUGGCACCGGAAAGUUUGAAAGACGGAGUUUUCACCACUCAUUCCGACGUUUGGAGUUACGGUAUCGUUCUGUGGGAAAUGGUCACUUUGGCAUCACAACCUUACCAGGGUUUGUCAAACGAUCAAGUCCUUCGUUACGUCAUAGAAGGAGGAGUCAUGGAACGUCCGGAAAAUUGUCCGAACAAAUUAUACGAUUUAAUGAAAUUAUGUUGGCAACACAAACCGUCAUCUCGACCUCACUUCAUGAGCUUCGUCACCAAAUUACUACCGGAUGCUUCUCCAGAGUUUUGUGAAAAGUCUUACUAUCACAGUCGAGAAGGACAAGAAUUGAGGUGGUUUAUCAUUUUUUCUCUCUCUCUCUCUCUCUCUUUUUCUUUUGUUUUAUAUCGAUUAAUUUUUUUUUGUUUCUGGAAUGUUCAGAGCGCAUUUAGAAGCAGCGGAAAGUUCGAAAAUGAAUCAAUUUCAAACGACGGGGGCGACGACAGCGACGACGACGACAGAGAUUCCAUUACAAUUAGCUAA